AUGUCGCCCACAGUAGGCCCGGACCUCGCCCCAUCCUCCUCUCUCGCCCAGUUCAGACCGGCGGGCAUCCCGCUCAACAGACGGUCCUCCACGAGCUCUUCCAAGUCGCUUCCGGAUAACCUAUCGAUAGGGACUUCUCCCGCAUACUCGGCCUCGUCCUUGUCCAUCCCCUUCGAAGAUGCUGACGUAGACGUCGUCCGAGUAGAGGGCCUGCGCCAUGCCAACGUCAAACUGGAAGCACGACGUUACAAGACCGCGCCCUUCGCGGAACACUUGCUCCAGAUCCUCCACACCAUCCGCACACCUUCCUGGUCUGAGUCGGAGAUCACGCCAGACCGCAUCAGUAUCCAGAAGGUGUCCGGUUCGCUCACCAAUGCCGUAUACUUCGUGUCCUGCCCCCCGGUACCCAAGACACGCACUGUGCUUCUGCGCAUCUAUGGCCCCUCGUCUGGUACCCUCAUCUCGCGCCCGCGCGAGCUGUACACGCUCCAUGCGCUUUCCUCCCGUUACCACAUCGGCCCACGCGUGUAUGGUACGUUCGAGAACGGACGCGUCGAAGAGUACUUCGACUCCACUGCAUUGACGGCUGCCGACAUGCGCGACCCUGAGGUCAGCUCCUGGAUUGGAGCGCGAAUGGCCGAGCUGCACGGCGUAGACAUCGAUGCCGUUGAGUCCGAGCCGCCCACACCUGAGGGCCCGGAUGGGGAGAUCCAGCCCACGACGAAGAAGAGCGUUAAGUCGUGGCUCCCAAAUGCACGCGAAGUCCUCUCGCUGCCGGGUGCGCCUGCAGACGUACGCGAGGCUCUCGACCUCGACCGCUUCCAGCGAGAAUGGGAGCAGUACGUGCAGUGGGUGUCGCAGAAGGAGAAGAGCGAGCGUAGCAGCAGCCCGCUAGUGUUUUCGCACAAUGACGCCCAGUACGGCAACCUGCUCCGCUUGCGGACGCUCAAGGAAGGGCAGCCCGCCCACCGCCAGAUCAUCGUCGUCGACUUCGAGUACGCCGCGCCCAACCCUGCCGCAUAUGACAUCGCGAACCACUUCCACGAGUGGACGGCGGACUACCACGGGCCCACCCCGCACCUGCUCGACCCCGCCCGCCGCCCGACGCGCGAGGAGCGCCGGAACUUCUACCGCGCCUACCUCACGCACACGCAGAGCCCGCUCGACGCGCCCGCGCCCCCCGCCGCCCCGGCGCUCUCCCCCGACGCGCUCGAGGCGGAGAUGCGCGCGCUCGACGAGCACGUCCGCGUCUGGAGCCCGGCCUCGCACGCCGUGUGGGCAGUCUGGGGCGUCGUCCAGGCCCGCGAGUUCGUGGAAGGGCAGGACGGCGAGCCCGAGUUUGACUACCUCGGCUACGCGCAGUGCCGCAUGGAGGGCUUCCGCAGGGAGAUACGCGCGUUGGGCAUCCAGCCGGUGUCGUAA